AAAAAAAAAUGCGAUUAAGCCUUUGUCCUUUAAAAUAAUCAUUUAGCUAUUACUUGUGCCCGGUCAAUCUAAAUUCCUCUUAAUAUAAAUUGGAUGCAAAGUGGUAUUGAGCACACAUAUGGCAACAAUGAGAUUGAAUAAGGACACGCAGAAGGAACUGACCAGACUGACCGUGGUAUUACUGAUGGUUUUAGCAGCAGCGAGCCAAGCCCUGCCCGGCUGCCCGAACUCCUGCGGAAGUGUUUCAUCAAUUCCGUAUCCAUUCGGCGUCGGCUCUUCAUCCGUCACCGGUGAAAACUGUUUUCUGGAGGGAGAAUUGGAGCUCAGAUGCACAAACUCAACCUUAUAUCACGGCGACGGUAACGUCCAAAUUCUGAACAUAAGCCUCGCCGGUAAACUGGACAUGCUCGCCUUCAUCUCCGAGGUCUGCAAAAACGAAUUGUUAGGUGGAGUAGAAACACAUGGCAACGAUCCCUUUCUCAGAACACCAGCCUUCGCCAUUUCUAGCGAGGAUAACAAGUUCGUGAGCGUAGGCUGCGACACCUACGGCUAUCUCAACAGUUUCCGCAACGGCACAGAAUCUUCCACGGGGUGCUUGACCAGAUGCGACACCUUAGAGAGCGUCCAAAGCAUGCAGAGAAGCGGAAACUGCACCGGCAUAGGGUGUUGCCAGGUCGACAUUCCUCCUGGCAUGAAGAACAUCACUUUUCAAGCUUUCUCCUUCAACAAUUUCAAUUCCACUUCCGAUUUCAACAAGUGUGGCUACUCCUUCGUCGUCAAAAACGGCAACUACACCUUCUCCGUCGACCAUUUAAACGGCGUCCCGUUCACUAUGUCACCCCUUGUCAUGGAUUGGAGCGUUGGAAACGACACGUGCGAAGCCUCCGAGCUCAGAGCAGAUUAUGCAUGCAAGAGUCCUUAUAGCGACUGUGAGAACUCGCCGUUUGAAUAUGGUUACCGAUGCAACUGUAAACCAGGGUUUCAGGGAAACGCGUACCUUCUCGAUGGUUGCCAAGACUUUCCUGAGUGUAGUAAUAACAAACACAAUUGCGAUAGUAAAGAUCAUUGUCGUGAGACUCCGGGUUCCUUUGAAUGUUUCUGUCCUGACGGACUUAUCGGAAAUGGGACAAAAGAAGGCGGAGGAUGCCACCCAAAGCAGCCGGCCGAUGCUUUUACGAAGAUCGUCAUCGGUGCAAGUGUAGGAUUAAUUGCCCUUUUCAUAGGGAUUUCUUGGUUGUACUUGAUGUACCAAAAAAGGAAAGUCUUAAAAUUGAAGCAGAAGUUUUUUCAGCAGAACGGAGGCAUCAUUCUGAGACAACAACUCGCCACAAGAGAAGACUCAUCUCAGACCACUACAAUUUUUAGUGCAGAAGAACUUAAGAAAGCCACCAACAAUUUUGAUGAGAGCUUAAUCAUAGGUAAAGGAGGUUAUGGUACAGUUUUCAAAGGAGUUCUCUCAAACAACAAAGUUGUAGCAAUCAAAAAGUCCAAAAUAGUGGAUCAGAGCCAGGUGGAACAAUUCAUCAAUGAGGUCAUUAUACUGUCACAGAUAAACCAUAGGAAUGUGGUCAAACUCUUGGGAUGUUGUCUAGAGACAGAAGUUCCUUUACUGGUCUAUGAAUUUGUUAAUAAUGGCACCCUUUUUGAUUAUUUACAUAACCAAGGUCAGGGAGUCAAUGUUUCAUGGAAAACGCGUCUAAGGAUAGCUACAGAAGCAGCUGCAGCUCUAUCAUAUUUGCACUCAGCAGCUUCCAUACCUAUCAUCCACAGAGAUGUGAAGACUGCUAACAUACUCUUAGAUGACACUUACACUGCCAAAGUUUCUGACUUUGGAGCUUCAAGAUUGGUUCCACUUGACCAAACUGAAAUAGCUACAAUUGUGCAAGGAACCUUUGGGUAUUUAGACCCGGAGUACAUGCAAUCAAGCCAGUUGACUGAAAAGAGCGAUGUUUAUAGCUUUGGAGUGGUUCUUGUAGAGCUGCUAACGGGGGAUAAACCUUUCUCUUUUGACAGGGCAGAAGAGAAACAGAGUCUUACAGUUUACUUUCUGCGUAGCUUGAAAGAGGAUCGUUUAUUUGAUAUCCUUCAACUAGGUCUUUUAGAUAAAGAAAACCAGCAAGAUAUUAUGCAGGUUGCUAUUCUUGCUGCCAGGUGCCUAAGACUUAUAGGGGAGGAAAGGCCUAGCAUGAAGGAAGUGACAAUGGAAUUAGAAGGAAUAAAGCUUAUAGAGAAACACCCUUGGAUCAAUACAGGAAAAAACUUUGAAGAGAGUCAAUACUUGCUUCACGAGGCACAAAGCAAUUAUGAACAUGGUGAUAGUAGUAGUGGCCAACAAGGAUAUGAUAGCUUGAGAGAACUUGAACUAAUUGACUUUGGUAAUGGAAGAUGAUCAAUGAACAUGACACAACAUGUAUUUUCACUUCAUUUUAUUUCAAUGAACAUAUUUCUUCAA